AUGACUACUAUCUUCGCGCGCCCACCGCUCCAAUCGCUUCCUAUGGCCACAAACCGACCGACAACGCGACGAAGGAGCGCAAAACAAGCCUUCGAUGACGACGAUGCGCCGGCGCCAAAAAGAGCAAAGGCCGAGGUGAAUGGGUCGAGCAAAAAGGCGACUGCUGCGCCAAAGAAGACAGCAAAGGCAGCUGCAUACGACGAGGACGACGAUGGCUUCCAAUUUUCGCGUCGCACGUCAUCGCGAAGGACUACAAAGGCACAGGCUGCGCCAGCACCAGAACCGAUACCCGAGGAAAGACCAACGAAGCUCGCGCAAGCUGUCGAAGCGCAACCCGUCAAAUCAGCUGCGCGGAAGAAGAAACAAUCAAUCGCAGCAGCCGAUCCAGAAUCUUCAGACUCAGGAAAGCGACGGCGAUCAGCGCGCAUAUCUGCCGACAGUAGACAGUUAGAGGUACGACCGAAGUCCACAGAGCCGCUUCCAACGAAAACUCGCACGAAGAAGGCUGCACCAGUAGAGAAAGAGAGGAAGAAGCAGGUCACACCCCCACCAGAGGUACAACCGCAGCCGAAGAGCACAUAUGGAGAUGUACAAACACCAAGACACAAUGAGAUACAGGUCGCGAAGAAGCGCGAUCCCAACGCCCAAAAGAUCAUGCUGCCUUUUGCCGACACACCAGUUAUAACGAGAAACAAAGAGAUGCGGAAGGGCGGCAACAAGGACGGGUCAAGAAGGAGUAGCACAGGCCUGCGAGGGAGGAGAGCAAGUUCGCUGAUAGAUAGCGGACAAUCGAAUGCGCUACCCCAUUCCGAAGUCGAAGUACGAGAUUUCUACAAGUACAUCGAACAAAGUCUACCCGAACCACGGCGGAUGAAGCAGCUUCUAACAUGGUGUGGAUCGCGAGCACUACCAGCGAAGCCAUCGGGCGACGUCAAGAACGCGAACGCGAUCAUGGCUGCGCGAGCCAUUCAACAAGAGCUUAUAGACGACUUUGCAAGCAAACCUGAGCUUUCGGACUGGUUCAGCAGGGAAGAAACAGCGCCACCACCUGUGGUGAAGAAGCCGAAUCCCCAGAAUGAGAUGAACAAAGCCAAAUUGGAGGAAUUGGAAGACGAAGUCAAGCGUCUCGAAGAUGAGAAAGCCGCAUGGGAAGCCAUUGCAUCAGCAUCGAAAGCUAGCCUUCCUCCGCCUGCACCUUCAAUACCCACUGCGGCACCCACACUAUCGGAUAUCGAUACAUCCCUCCUCGAUCCCGAGCAAGUCGCCAUAAUUUCCUCCCUCCAACUAUCACAACCACAGACCUCACCACAACCGCCGUCAUCAGCAUUCACAUUCACAUCGCCUACGGCACUACAAUCACAUCUCACAUUACUCGCCAACUCACUAGAACCGCACAUCGACCUCUUCGCAGAUGGUGUUCAUAAGAUCGAGCAGUAUCGCGCUACAGCAGAAAAGGUAGCGGAUUGUGUGCUAGGGACAGCGGCAAAGAGGCUAGAGGAGCGAGAUCGGGAGGCAAAGGAAAGAGUCGGAACAGAAGGAGUUGGUGUAGGCGACAUACUGAGAGGCCUUGCAGGCGUACUCAGGGAGCAAUAG